AUGUCUUUUUCUCUUCCAAGUUAUGUUGAUCCAACGAAGUUUGAAUUACCAAUAAGUAUUGAACCAUUAAGACCUAAUGAAAGUAAAAAGAUUACAGAAAAUGAUUAUAUUCAAUUUUAUGAAGAACCAGAAAAAUGGUUUAAUAAUAAAAUGAAAGAAAGAUGGUUUAAUUAUACAGAAAUAACACAAAUUAAAACAACAUUAAUUACAUGGAAUGUAGCAGAAAGUAAUCCAUCAACAAUAAAAAUUGAAAAUUUAUUUAAUGAAGGAGAUUUAUUUGUUAUUUGUUUAGAAGAAAUAGAUAUGUCAAUAAGUGGAGUUAUGACAUUUGGACAAUCUGAAUUAUGUUUAAGAUGGCAAUCAUUAAUAGAACAAUCUCUAACUCCAAAAAUAUAUGAAUGUAUUUUUUCACAACAACAUGGAGGUUUAGCUAUGUUUAUAUUUAUUAAAAAAAUAAUGAAAAAUGAAAUUAAUGAUAUUUCUGUUUCAACUGUUUCAUUAGGUACAUUAGGAAUGGCAAAUAAAGGAGCAAUUGGAAUAUCAUGUAGAAUAGGAGUAUGUAGAAUUUUAUUUGUAGGAGCACAUUUUUCAGCUAAUGUGGGACCUGAUAAAUGUGAUGAAUGUUAUAUAACUGCAAGAAAUCAAUUUCAAUUUCCUAUAUUACCAAAGAAUCAUGAUUAUGAAAUUUGGCUUGGAGAUUUUAAUUAUAGAUUAAAUGGAACUGAAGAACAAAUUAAAAAAUAUUUGAAUGAUCCAAUUAAAUUAAUUAUAACUGAUCAACUUAAUAAUUCAGUUGAACGUUCAAGUGCAUUUGGAGGAUUUAUUGAAGCACCAAUUACAUUUUUACCAACAUAUAAAUUUGAAAAAGGAACAAAUAAUUAUGAUUGGAAAAGACUUCCAGCAUGGUGUGAUAGAGUUAUGUUUAGAGUACAUCAAUCAUAUCAAUUAUCAAUUCAUAAAUAUGAAAGAAUUGAAAUAUAUUAUUCAGAUCAUCUUCCUGUUAGAUGUACAGCAAUUAUUAAACCAAGAAAAAUUAAUAAUUCAUUAUUAAAAAAUUCAUGGGAAGAAAUUCUUGAACUUUCAAAUUAUAUUAGUAAUGCACUUGUACCAACAUGUGAAUUAUCAACAAAAAGAAUUUUAUUUGGAGAAAUUAUUCCAUAUAAAACUGUUCAUUCAUCUAUUGAAAUUACUAAUACUGGAAGAAUUCCAGUUUCUUUUAAUAUUAUUUAUAUUUCAACAAAAAAAGGAGAAGAAAUUAAUCCAACAUUUAUUGAAACUAAUAUUAUAAAAGAUAAUAUUCCUAUUAAACAAAAAAUUUCAAUUUCAAUAUCAAUUACUAUGACUGCAGAAAAUAUUCAUUUAAUGAGAAAAAUAGGAAAUGAUUUUAUAAUGCAAAUAAUGAUUCAAGAUGGUGGUGUAUUCUUUGUUGAAAUUAUUUUUAAAAUUUCACAAACUUCAUUUGGUUUAUCUCUUAAACAACUUCUUCAACAUCCAGAACCAUUUAUUAUUUCUUCUUCAAUUGUAUCAUUUCAAAAAACAUUAUUACCUAAAGAAAUAAUAUUAUUUAUUAAUACAUUAAAUAAACAUAAAGAAGAUCCUAAAAUAUUUACUACUCUUCCUACAAUUGAACGUUUUGAAAUUUAUGAAUCAAUUUUUCAUAGUGUUGAUUCAAUGGAAGAACUUGAUAAAUAUAAUAUUUGUGCUUUAUCAGAAGCAUUUAUCCUUUAUAUUCAAGCAAUGGGAGGAAUAUUUAUUCCAACACUAUUCAUUUCUAAAGAUAAAAAUUUAACUGAUAAUAUUAUUGAACCAGAGAAUAUGGUAUUAUUACGUGUUAUUUGUUCUUUAUGUAAAGAAAUAUCAAAAGUAUCUCCUCUUAAUCUUUCUUUAAAUGAGUUACUUUCAUAUUUUAGUCAGGCAUUAGUAAACCGUAAACUUGAAAUGAAUGAAUUUUCAGAAAUAACAAAUGAAAUAGUUACAUGUGCACAAAAUGUUCGAUCAAUUGAAAAAGAGAUGACAGAAGCUAAUUAA